AUGCGUGAAAUUAUCUCCAUACAUAUUGGCCAAGCUGGAGUGCAGAUUGGAAACGCUUGUUGGGAAUUGUUUUGCUUGGAGCACGGUAUUCGGCAGGACGGGAAGUUGGACGAUGAGGAGUAUCCUAGCACUGGAAGAUCCACCUUCUUUGCCGAGUCUUGUAAUGGUAGUUAUACCCCACGGGCUGCUCUUGUAGACCUUGAGCCAUCUGUCAUAGGUGGGGAAAUUGUCCACAUCUGCACACCGCUGGAAAAAGUUUGUUUAGAUCAGGUUCGAUCUGGUCCAUACAAGGGACUAUUUCAUCCAACUCAAAUGGUUAUAGGAAAGGAAGACGCAGCAAAUAACUUUGCCAGAGGAUUCUACACCAUAGGACGGGAUAAACUGGAAGACGUCUUGGAGACGGUGAGACGUCUUGCUGAGCACUGCUCCAGCCUGCAAGGUUUCCUCGUUUUCCAUUCGCUUGGUGGAGGAACGGGUUCUGGCUUUGAGUCAUUGAUAAUGGACAACCUGUGCUUGCAAUAUGAAAAGAAGUGUAGAUUAGAAUUCUCUAUCUAUCCGUCCCCAACG